UAGUGCAGGAGAGUCACUUUCCUACAGAGUUUAGUUUCAUUUCUGAAUAAACUAGUCAUGGUCUUUGCAUUUAUUUUAAUAACAGUCAAGUGUGUCGAAACUAAACUCAACAGCAAAGAGAAAUCUGCUUUACAGACUCACAGACACACCUAUUUUACACACGUCUCUUAAACACAGAACCAGGAAACAGGAAACAUGUGAGUUCAGGGAAAGAGAAACUGAAGUGUAGUUGAGCUGUUGUGAGUUUGUGUCUCUGUAUUCUUGCAGUAAAAUGGCAGAAGCCAGAUUUUCUCAGGAUGAGUUCAUGUGUCCAGUGUGUCUGGAUCUCCUGAAGGAUCCAGUGACCAUCCAGUGUGGACACAGUUACUGUAAGAGCUGUAUUACAGACUGCUGGGAUCAGGAGGAUCAGACGAGAGUCUACAGCUGCCCUCAGUGCAGACAGACCUUCAGUCCAAGACCUGCUUUAGCUAGAAACACCAUGCUGGCUGAAGUGGUGGAGAAACUGAAGAAGACCAGAUUCUCUGCUGACUGUGACGCUGGAGCUGGUGAUGUGCAGUGUGACGUCUGUACUGGAAGAAAAUACAAAGCCGUCAAGUCCUGUCUGAUGUGUCUGAACUCUUACUGUCAGAAUCACCUCGAACAACACGAGAGCUGGUUUAAAGGAAAUGGACACAAUUUGAUUGAUGCCACUGGACGACUGCAGGAGAUGAUCUGCCAGAAACAUGAGAAGCUCCUUGAGAUUUUCUGUCUAACUGACCAGAAAUGUAUAUGUGUGCUGUGUAUGGAUGAACAUAAAAACCAUGAGACUGUUUCAGCUGCAGCACAGAGGACAGAGAAACAGGAGCAGCUGAAGGAGAUGCAGAAGACGCUCCAGCAGAGAAUCCAGCAGAGAGAGAAAGAUCUCCAGCAGCUGAGAGAGACUGUGGAGUCUCAGAAGCGCUCUGCACAGACAGCAGUGGAGGACAGUGAGAGGAUCUUUACUGAGCUCAUCCGCUCCAUUGAGAGAAGCCGCUCUGAGCUGAUACGACUCAUCAGAGAUCAGGAAAAGACUGCAGUGAGUCGAGCUGAAGAACGACUGGAGCGACUGGAGCAGGAGAUCAAUGAUCUGAGGAGGAGAGACGCUGAGCUGGGGCAGCUUUCACACACACAGGAUCACAUCCAGUUCCUGCAGAGUUUCCAGUCUCUCUCAGCACCUCCUGAAUCUACAGACGUAAAUGAUGAUCUCUUCAGUUCUCUCUUCUCUUCUGAUGGUCUGAGAGAAUCUGUCCAUCAGCUGAGAGACAAACUGGAGGAUUUCUGCAAAGAGGAGCUCAAGAAGAUCUCAGACAGAGUCACAUUCACCAACAUUGCUCCCAAGAUCAGGAAGGACUUCCUACAAUGUAAGUCAGUAAGAAAACAAGCAGAAAAACUCACUGAGUGUGUUCAUGUUCUUCCUGUAGAAGAUGGAAGAAGAGUUUUAUAACUGAUGAUGUAAAU